CGCCACGUAUUUUGCUCGCCAUCUCCUAGGAGUUUUACUAACUUUGAGUGAGAACGAUUGUAUUUUUUUUACAUUUGAGAUAGAUUAGACAGCUAUAUAGAACAUCGAUGGGAGGCGCACAGAGCUCAAAUGUGCCUGGCGGAGGUACAGAGGGAUACCAUGUCUUACGGGUGCAAGAAAACUCUGCGGGGUAUUACGCCGGGCUCGAGUCUUUCUUUGAUUUUAUUGUUGCUAUUGGCGAUACCAGACUGGACAAGGACAAUGAAACGCUUAAAGAGCUACUCAAGCAGAACGUGGAAAAGCCGAUAUCGAUGACAGUCUACAGCAGCAAGACGCAGUCGUGCCGCAACGUUACGAUCACGCCAAGCACGAUGUGGGGCGGACAGGGGCUGCUAGGUGUCAGCAUUCGCUUCUGCUCGUUCGAGGGAGCGAGCGAAAACGUCUGGCAUAUACUGUCCGAAGACUUGUUCACACUGAUCGAAGCACACGAAGGAAAACCGCUAAAACUCUACGUUUACAACAACGACAGCGACAGCUGUAGGGAAGUGACCAUCACACCCAGCACAGCAUGGGGUGGAGAGGGCAGCAUGGGUUGUGGAAUUGGCUAUGGAUAUCUGCACAGAAUACCAGCGAGACCAGAACUCAAGCAGGCCAACUCACCUCCCGUGCCUCCGAAUCUGACGACACCGAUAGGCAGUGGUAACAGUGGCGUGGUCGAUGUUAGUCAGGGAGUUGCAGCAAUGAACAUUUCACCACAGGACAAUACCAUACCUCUCAUAGCAGGUGUCCCAACUGUGCCUGUUGCACAGCAGACGAGCAAUUUGGAACAAACAACUUCCCAGACUGCUACAGUAGCAUCGUCGACGGCACAUCCAAAUGUUCCUCUACCGGGAGCGGCGGCACCGGUGACAAGUGGCACUGAAAGUGAAAAUAUACCUGGCUUACCGAACAUGACCCUGCCACCUAUGACGACCCCCAUCUCAUUACCUGGCAUGCCACCCAUCACUGUCAGUGUCAAUGUGCCGCCACCUGUUGCUGGCUUGACGAUGACGGCCGGUGGAGAACAGACAGCGCCCGCUCCAGGACAGCUUCCUGCUGACUUUGACUUCACGAAAACCUUUGGUGCCAUCCCUCCCCCAGCUCCGUUGCCCGACUUUGCUUCCUUGCCAGCUGCGGACAGUGAGGCACCAACAGUCAACCAUGCGGAAUCGUCAUAGGGGUCUACUCUUGUUGGCGUAGGCUUAUAUAUAUAUAUAUGUGUAUACUCAAACACUUGUUACGAUGACCCACUGUGGAAAAAUCUGUAUAGGAGUUUGGAGAAAUCUUACGGACUAUUUUACAGGCCUCCGUCGUCCCAAUGGAUGAGCUCCUCCGAAGCUGUUGUUGGUGAUGGCUUGUGUGUCAGGAGUAACAUGAAAUUAUGUGCUAUUUAUAAAUAUCUGUGUUUAACCCCGCACUCUUCACUUUGACCGAGUCUGGCUAGAGGCUUUUCACAGGGCGUAUAGCAUAAAAUCUCGUGACUGUUAAUAAUGGUGUGCCUAAAGCUUCUCUAUAUAAUAUUAUGUUAUAUUAUGUGAGUCAAUCCCAACGUUCUUCUCUAGCAAGGGUAUGUUUAGUAAACCUGUAUUCGGACCUACAUUUUGUUGUAGUCGAUUAUCGGCUAAUUUACCGUUGCAGAUUGAAAAAAAAACAGACAUUUUUACAGGAUGGUAUCGGAAUGAAUUAUUUCAAUGCAUGUUGUGUCGCAUAUGUAAAAAUGUGUUGUGGCGGAAUGCUGUAUGGCAGGAUAAGCUAAAGGUUUAACACUUAGAAGCAACUAUUUGCCAAUGAUAAAAAAUUUCUAUAACUGAUAAAGAUGUUUCUAUCAAAUAGAAGAAAAAGCACUGUUAUGCUAGCAUAGUAUGCGUACAACUUGUAACAAAUCAAAUUUGAAUCUUGAGCCAGAUAGGUGGUCUGUGAUAAAUUUGAGUUCGAUUAAAUGUCAUCCAUCGCUCGGGAUUUGUUGCAAACUGAAAUUAUCGUAUUUUACUGGAUUUUUUAGUGAAUUGUUCUGUUCUACUCACAGAACUUGUACGUAGUAGUGAUAAUUUUCACUUAAGAGCAUGAUGUUGCGUGGUAGAUGAGACUGAUCAAGUUGAUAUUGAAAAAAAGUUGGCAUUUUAAAAUAAAUUAAGUGCCACAUUCACGGAAGCCGAACGAUUGCCAUAGUAGUGAGAGAGGCUUUCUGUCCUUGUGGUGCAAUGUCACGUAAUAUGAAUAACAUUUGCUGCUGUAGUAUAUGCACCGUAUAGCAUUAGCUGUUAAUAUUGAUGGAGCCUUUGAACACAGGUAAUGUUAAUGAUCAUUUGUUUACGUACUUAUUCUCACCGGGUGCUUGUGUUAUUCCGCAUAAAAAGGGAUGGGUUGUUGAAGAUGUGGCAACUUAACACACAGCAUCCGAAAUGCGGCUUGUAAUUGAAACCGUAUAUAUGGCCUUUUUGUGUAGCACUAUUUAUCAAUUUAGAAUAUUGUGGACGAGUUUACAUAUUUGUUAUCUUUAUUAUUGUUUUUUUCUCUUCUCCAUAUUUCACUGGAACUUCCUUUAAGUGAAUCUUUUUGUUAGCCAAGUAAUAAUUCGUUUUUGCGGUAGUAGAAUCUACUAAAUAUAACAAUUCUGAAGAUCCAUAUUGACUUCCACACUACCCUUGCGUAUAUGUACUAGUAGAAUGUGUUAAAUACAGUCAUUGUAAAGAUUCGGUUUGAUUUCAUCCCUCUCCAUCGGUAUAAAAAUGCCGUGUAUAUUUAACGUACUGUUACACAUAUGGUCAAAAGAUGUGCAUCGAUGCAACUGAAAAAAUGUUAAAUUUAUUGAAAAUAGAAAAGGCAACAUAUGGUAAUAUUACAUGAA